ACUCCCAAAACAAAAGUUAGGACUCUUCUAUCACAGUGGAACAUCAUGUCGGAGGAUAACAACGCAGACAAAUCCAUCAAGGAAACCUCAAUCUUGGAGGAGUACAACAUCAACUGGACACAGAAGCUCGGGGCUGGGAUCAGUGGACCUGUUAGAGUUUGUGUUAAGAAGUCGACUCAGGAACGAUUGGCCUUGAAGAUCCUCAUUGAUCGUCCCAAGGCCCGAAAUGAGGUGCGGCUUCACAUGAUGUGUGCCACACAACCCAACAUCGUGCAGAUUAUGGAGGUGUACGCCAACAGUGUGCAGUUUCCUCACGAAUCCACUCCAAGAGCGAGGUUGCUGAUCGUCAUGGAGAUGAUGGAGGGAGGCGAGCUGUUCCACAGGAUCAGUCAGCACAAACACUUCACAGAGAAGAUGGCCAGCCAGGUCACUAAACAGAUCGGCCGGGCGCUGGAACACUGUCACUCACUGAAUAUUGCACACCGAGACCUGAAACCAGAGAACCUGCUCUUCAAGGAUAACUCCCUGGAUGCACCGGUGAAGUUGUGCGAUUUUGGAUUUGCCAAAAUCGACCAGGGGGACUUGAUGACCCCACAGUUCACACCUUACUACGUUGCACCUCAGGUACUUGAGGCUCAAAGGCGACACCAGAAGGAAAAGUCUGGAAUAAUACCUACCUCACCCACCCCCUACACUUAUAACAAGAGCUGUGACCUGUGGUCCAUUGGGGUGAUCAUCUACGUGAUGCUGUGUGGCUACCCUCCCUUCUACUCCAAGCACCACAGCCGCACCAUCCCCAAGGACAUGCGCAAGAAGAUCAUGACUGCCAGCUUCGACUUCCCCGAAGACGAAUGGAGCCAGAUCUCUGAGAUGGCCAAGGACAUUGUCCGCAAGCUGCUGAAGGUGAAGCCUGAGGAGAGGCUGACCAUCGAGGGGGUUCUGGAGCACCCCUGGCUGAACUGCACAGAGGCGCUGGACAACGUGCUGCCCUCCGCCCAGAUGAUGAUGGACAAGGCGGUGGUAGCAGGGAUCCAGCAGGCCCAUGCUGAACAGUUGGCUAACAUGAGGAUACAGGACCUUACCGUCAGCCUCAAGCCACUCAACUCCGUCAAUAACCCCAUCCUGAGGAAAAGGAAGCUCCUAGGCAGCAAGCAGAGUGACGGCUUCUUCAUCCACGACCCAGAGAACGGCGGCGAGGACUCCAACGUGGCCCUGGAGAAACUACGAGACGUCAUCGCUCAGUGUAUCCUCCCACAGGCUGGAGAGAAUGAGGAUGAGAAGCUGAAUGAGGUGAUGCAUGAGGCGUGGCGUUUCAACCGGGACUGCAAACUACUGCGAGACGGGCUGCAGGGCCUCAGCUGGGACGGACGGGCCUUUACUGACAAAGUGGAUCGCUUGAAGUUGGCUGAAAUAGUGAAACAGGCCAUAGAGAGUCCAGAGCUUAGAGAUCACCAAACAAGACUGAUCAAAAAAGAGGCAAUGCAGGUUCUCUAAUACAGUACUUGAUUAUUUGUAUUUAUGAAAUUAUAUGUUUUCUUAUUUAAACAUUCUCAAAUGUAUACUACAUUCUAACCUUACCAUGGACUAAAGCCUUAUUAGCCUUGCUUGCACAUGAGGCGAAUAACAUUUAUUUCCUAAUUGUUUAGAUUUUCUUCUAAAUCGAUGUGAUGAAUGCAUCGACUCACUGUUUGUCCAAGAUAGCAUGUCCUCUCACAUUCAAGUGUAUUGAGCAAGGGUUGGUGAAAUGUAAAUGCAUCUUUUCCCAUUGUAAGACUGUUUUCCUAAAUUCUUAUUUGGUCAAAGCAAUGACUGCACGCCUGUGUCUGUCUGUUUGGAGGCCUAUCAUGAAUCAAUGCUGAAGUUGUCCCCCAAACUGCUGCAACUUGAACGUGUCAUGGCUGUUAACUGUUUCAUGGCAAUGCAUAGCCUCCUAACUCAGGAUAACAAUGCAUCCAUAAUCACAACCACAAUAGAAAUAACACUUGCUCAUCUUCGUGUGAAAAUACCCAAUGAUACAAAGUGUCUUCACCACACAAGAUCAGGGCCUGUAUUCAUAAAGCAUCAGUUUCCUCUGCCCUUAUAAUCUUUCAUUAUAAUCUGAUAGGCUAAUCCGAUCCUGAUCAGCCCUCCUACACUUUAUGAAUACAGGCCCUGAUGUCUAAUCUGAUCCUGAUCAGCCCUCCUACGCUUUAUGAAUACAGGCCCUGAUGUCUAAUCUGAUCCUGAUCAGCCCUCCUACGCUUUAUGAAUACAGGCCCUGAUGUCUAAUCUGAUCCUGAUCAGCCCUCCUACGCUUUAUGAAUACAGGCCCUGAUGUCUAAUCUGAUCCUGAUCAGCCCUCCUACGCUUUAUGAAUACAGGCCCUGAUGUCUAGACUGCUUUUAUAUUCUCCGCUGCUUGAGAAGAAGAUCAAUAGUGAGAUUGAGAAAAGGUACAAUUCUCCUUUCAUUUACAUUUUGUACAUGAGCAUAUAGUCACCUGGAAGUGAGAACUUGAAUAGCUCCUAUUAGGUAGCUGGAGAGCAUGCCUUGUCAGAGACUGUUGAAAUAGUUCCUAGUACACAUGAUCCUAAGUCCAUAUCUGCAAUAGAUCCAGGCAGCACCUAUACAUGUUGACCUGUAGCCAUGUCUGCAUCUCAAAUGGCACCCUAUAUAGUGCCCUACUUUUGGCCACUUCAAAACCUUGCGUGUGCUAUUUAUUACUAAUCCUGCCUUCUCUGUUCGACGUUUUCUCCGGUUGUCUCCUAUGUACAUACAUAAAUGUAUUUUUAUCAUCAAUUGCACACAAGGUCCAACCGAAACAUGACUUCUGCUAUUAACCCAACCCCUCUGAAUUGGAGAGGUCCAGGGGGGGGCUGCCACGUUGGGCGUCCAGGGAGGUGCUGUUGUGGGGGGUGGUGGGGUUUAACUACCUUGCUCAAGGGCAGAACAGAUUUUUCACCAUGUCGACUCGGGGAUUCGAACUAGCAACCUUUCGGUUACUAGCCCAACCUCUCUUAACCUCUAGGCUACCUGCUGACUCCAUCAUGUAGGACCCGUACCUCAAUCGGUAUUCAGAUUUUCCUUAUUUUGUCCUCUGCCCUCUUGGGAAUGUCAUGAACAUGUUGACUAUUUGUAUUAAAUGAAUUCUUUGCAACAGUAA